AAACUGGAGUCAAGACGCGUCAGUUCACAGACGACCUCCGUUCCGUCGGAUGUGAGGAAAAUUUUUUGUCUGUAAAAAUUAUCGGGUUCUCGUACUGAGACUCGUAAUUUCGUGGUUUUUCGAGGAGUGAAUUUGUAAUCAUGAAAAGUGUAAGAAUGUGCGAAGUCGGCUAGAAUCAAUAAAAACAGGAAUAAGUCGAAGACAAUCUCGACGACGAGGAUGGCGUGCACGAAUAAUUGCCGUUUCUGAGCGUCGGCAUCGAAUAAAGGAUCGCCACGUCCGUGUGAGAAAGCGAGACAGAGUGAGCAGGGAUGUCGCUGAAGCUUCGAACAAGAUCCGCCCAGCCGGCUUCAAGUGUUCAGCUUCGUCCCUCGAAAUUGACCAAGCUCUAAAACGAAUCAAUAUAUAUAUACAAAUAUAUAUAUAUAUAUAAAAGAAAAAGGGAUCGACGAUUUGAAUUGAAAAGAGAAAGGAAGAGAAAGAGGAGGAUCGUGGAACUGCCUUUUUUUGUAGCGGGAUAGAAAACGUUAAGAUAUAUUUUGGUAAACGUAAUUAGUGAAAAUAGCAGUAGCGGCCAGUCUGCGAAAGAGCCACGUUAAAUGGUCUCAUUUAGUGCACAAUUUCCGCUUUGCUCGCGCGCCCCGUCUACCGUGUGCCACGUUCUCCGCUCCAAGGAAUCGUCGAGGAUUUUCAAGUAAGAAACUGGAGAAUCGCGGACGUUCUCCAUUUUAUCCACGAGUAAGCGAGUCGCGGUCAAAGUGAAGUGUCUCGGUCUUAGUGAGAUGGCCUUCAUGAUGAAGAAGAAGAAGUACAAAUUCUCAGUGGAGGUGGACCUCGAGGAGCUCACCGCGGUGCCAUUUGUGAACGCAGUGCUGUUCGCCAAGCUCAGACUCCUCGACGGUGGAUCAUUCGUCGAUCAUUCGACCAGGGAGGAAGUACAAGAGCAUACAGUCAGAUGGAACGCUAAGUUUGAAUUUUUAUGCAAGAUGAGUGCCAAUGCGUCUACUGGUGUUCUCGACCCUUGCAUUUUAAGGAUAUCAGUGAGAAAGGAAUUGAAGGGAGGCAGGUCCUUCCAGAAGCUUGGCUUCACCGACCUGAACCUCGCCGAAUUCGCAGGAGCUGGACUCUGCAGAACGAGGUAUCUUCUAGAAGGAUACGACGCGAGACAUCGGCAGGAUAAUUCCAUGUUGCGCGUUGCCAUCAAAAUGAAUAUGCUUUCAGGAGAUAUUCUAUUUAAAGUACCGUCUCCAUCGUUGAAGCAAACGCAGCUCACAGUACCCGGUGUGCCAGGUGUUUCUGGUGUGACGACGGACGAAACUGUGUCUGAGAGGUGCACCAAUCGAGAAGACUUUGUAUCAAGUGGUUCCUUAGCUGGAAGCAUAGCUAGUACAAGCAGUGGUUUCGGCAGUCUUCCUAAAAAAAGGCCUCCCCUUUUUUCCUCGGAACUUCUCAGUGGGGCAGAGUCAUAUGAUCCAAUGACUCUGAGCGAGAUUGUACCAUCGGCUCUUCCAGUGGAAACUCUAGCUGAAGCGCACACAGAGUCGGGACAUUCUCGUAAUAGUAGCAAUACCAGUCAGUUAAGCAAAGGUUCCGGCUAUGGAUCUUUAAAUUCUCACAGUCAACACAGUAGGCAGAGCAGUAGUGGUGACAGUGGUCACAUUAGGUCACCCUCCUGGCCGGUAUGGGCUCCACGUAUUCCCAAUACCUCCCAAAAUUCUUCGACCCAACAACAGCCCACAAAACCUGAGACUUCUCUCAAUAUCGAGUCCCCGACUUCGUCUUCCAUCCUACGAAAUCCACGAAAUCGGUUCUGGUCUACGUCCAGCCCUGUUUCGUCAUGCGAAGAAAAAUCAGUGAGAAGUUCUUUGAGGUCUAGUAUAGCGGUUGUUCCACUAUCUAACGAUCAGAAUGAAACGAAUGAAAACGGAAUCGUUUCAAACGACACAUGUCGUCGCGUUAACGAGAACGUCGAAAACGAGAUUGGCGUGUUCAAGAUACCUGGACCGCAAGACGUAACGCGGACGCGACAAUUGCGAAAGAAUUAUGAUAGACAUAGUUUCGAUUCGUCGAAUGAGCAUAACGUAGCGAAUUCGUCGAUGAAAAAUCGAAAUGGACAACAGAACAGCGUAGUCGCGCCGAUCGCGAAACCGAGAAUCGGUCAUCCAAGUUGGAGAAAUAUUUCGAAAACCUGUGACUGCAUCGAGAAAGGAAAUAUGAGCCCGGUUUUGCGAUUGGCCGAUCAGGCCAGAGCCGUGUCCUCUCCCGAUCCUCUUCAUAGGCCCGAUAACCCCAGAGCCUCGCUACGUUCCGCGACGACCGCUCAGACCCUCAGGGGUAUGGUUGGAGGCCACCGGAAGUUGCUGGACGGGGCGGGGGGCAAGCUGGCUACGGUCGCCACCAGCCCAGCGGACUCCGAGGAGUCCUCCUUAGGGGUACCGGAAGUCGCUCCACCGAGUUCCCAGCACCGAAACAGCAUAACCCCACCAAAUCCCUCCAGUGGUUCGGGUCUCAGCGAAACAGGAUCUCUGGAUCGAGCGAAAGCCGCGCUGGAGCGCAGGAAAAAGGCCGAGGAUGGAACCGGAAAUUCGAUUUUGUGCAGAGUUGAAGUGACCAGGCCAAAUCCGGAUUCCCUGAUCGAUGAGCUGAUCAAAGCAACGAAUUUGGAGCAAACUGAUCUCGAGAGUUCUGAGACGACUGGACUUCAACUGUUCAUUGCGAAAGACGGGACGACUGCACUCGGCAGUCAUGAGAUCAAAAGUCAGAUGCCCGCGGGUGUGUUCAAGCAGGUGGUAAUGGAAGAGAAUAAUAGGUAACACGAAGCUAUCGGGACAAGAAGACAGUACGCAAGACAAGUCAGCGCCACGUUCUCGUUGGCCCUGGUGCCAGAGCUCGUCUACGAGGCCUACGAGCCCCGGUAGUUACGAGAUCAACGAUGCUGGACGAGGGAAUCGUCGAGAAGACGGUGAACACGGCGACGAAACACGAACGCCAUCUUUCAUCUCUCAAAAAAGG